AUGAGUCGUUUACGAGUGGAACGUGCCGAGGAACUGCCGCAAACAAUUCUGCAAGAAGAAUCAUCCGCUUUAACCAAUACCAAUCAACUUGAUAAUACGACUGAAACACAUCCGACAGUUAAUGACCACCUAGCUAAUUUACGUCGGCGGGCGCCAACUCGACAUUCAAUAAAAUCUUUAACAAGUCGAAAAUCACCAAAACAAGGUUCAAUAAAGGAGCAUCGUACAUGUCUUGAUCCAACCGUUCGACAACAAUAUUCUUAUUCUCAAAGCUCAGCGCUAUCUGAUGGAAGUAAGCUCUUUUGUUCGAACCCUUGA